UCUGUCCCUUUUUAAUCGUCGCGCGUACACGCGUUCGGCGUCUGUCACAGUGAUCCAUUUUACUACGUAGAUCUAUCCGCAAGUACAUGUUAACGUUUCUCUUGCGUCAUCGUUUCUAUGAUGCUCCCUUUGUGCGCCGGUUUGUGAACUGUGAUAUCGCCUUGUAAAUGAAACAUAAUAGUUGAAUCGUUACUGUCAUUCAAUUUACUUUUCAAAUGUUUGCCACGACGUAUAUACGCAAUACUUGAAGGCGUCCGUUACAUUUCAAUAAUGAAACAUGCACGGAAUUUAUUUUUGCAAUUGCACUUCAUUGAUACGAUCGAUUUUGGCUAUUUAUUAUUUUUAAAAUUGUUGGUUUAUUUUUGGUCUCGUUGACACUUUUUACGAAUAAACAAUGGAAGAAUUCAACUAUCCACGUCGCAUGGUUUCAUUUGCUCGCGUAACCGAAUCAUUAGUCCCGUUUUUAUGAUCGCCAGCCUCUCCAUCUCGAUGCACACGGGCGACUCGAAGAAACGCGUAAAGGAAUGCGCGUAAGGGACCGAGAAUCUCACCUGCCGAUUCAUUCAGCUACGAAAGGAAAAUGGAAAGCUAUUCACCGGUCGCAAAUAUUCUGCCCAAGCGGGUUGGGAAUACAUUCUGCAGCAGAUGCGAGAAGAAUUUCCCAGCGUGAUGGCUAACGUGCACUACAGGGUGCUGAAGAAGAAAUGGUCAAACCUGUUGCAGCAGUACAAAGAACUGAGGAAUCCGGUACACGGAGACAGAAACAAGGCGGACGACGUCUCGUGGCCGUUUUACAGCGCGAUCGACCAGCUCCUUGGCCACGAUCGAGGCGCGACGCCGAUCAACGACGAGUACAUAGAUCCUCACGAAUUCUUGUGCGUCUCCGUGACACCGGAAGAGCCCACCUCCUCCGUCGACACGCUUCCUGCGGGAUCCGAUCCGGAAAUCGAAUGUCGGAUCGGUGAUUCAUCGAACGAGUCAAGGCUGCGCACAUUUGGCAACGAUUGUUCCAUAGAAAUCAAGAGGGUACCUUCUGAUGAAACCAGACAAACAGGAAAAUAUUAUGGGAGAAAGAAACGAGAGACGAAGAACUUGAUGCCGCGUUUACCACGUGCCACGGGCCUCACGAUCAAGAAAGUAACGUCAGAGGCCGACUGCUCUAAGGACUUGUCGAGGGUAGGAGGAAACGACGUGGUCGAUUCCAUCGGAGACAAAGAACGAGCGGUUACGGCGCGUAACGAGGAUGAGGAAAGGCCUAGAAAGUCGAGGAGAACCCGAAUACCGUAUCGCGAGGAUCACGAGUCACGGACCGAUCGCCGUAUCGAGCAGAUCUUCGAAUACAUCAAAAGAAGGGACGAGGAGAAUAGAUCCAUCAUGAUCCGAGUGAUGCACGCCGUGGAAACCAUCGCCAACAAGCUGUGACAUCCUUCUAUCCGCGGACCGGUGAAAGGAAUUGCGUUCAAACGCUUUCUAACGGCCACGAUCGAUUAAUUCGCUUGCAAUGUAUAAGCGUACAUAAACACUUUGUAACGUUCUCUAUUAUUUUUAUUAAACUGAACCUUGUAUUAAAUUCUUGCUUUAUUUAUGGCGAUGAACUGUGAGAUCGUACACUGGGAUUCUUACAUUCCUGUAUCUUUA